UAUCAAGAGACAGGAUCAACUUCUGCCCACUUUGCAUUCCGGAUAGAUGGCGCCGCUUUUCCCCCAAAACAUUUUAAGUUGAACGCGAAAGAAAUGUCUCUGAUGGGUGGAACGCUAGCGCGGUUUAUCACAGCACUGUUUCCGACGAAGAAAUCGAGUCUAGCUCAGAUGCCGCUCGUGUAAACAUCAUUUAAGCAUCGGCGAGCGUCAGCGCAUCGGGCGGACUGCAGCAUCCACCUGAAUCUCCUCAGCCUCCGCCUCCCUGAGAGAUUACUCCCGACCGGAGACCGGGGGCUAUGGCUGCCGAUGGAGGAUGCGGGGAAUCGGUGGAACAUUACCGGGCCGAGGUGGAGAGGCUGACCCGAGAGCUCGCAGAGGCGAACCGGGAGAAGAUCCGGGCUGCGGAAUGCGGUCUGGUGGUGCUGGAGGAGAACCAGACGCUCAAGCAGCAGUACGCCGAGCUCGAGACCGAGCAGGAGGCUCUCAAACAGGAGCUGGAGCAGCUGCAGGAGGCAUUUGGCCAGGCGUACACCAACCAGCGUAAAGUCGCCGAGGAUGGCGAGACGAACGAAGAGACGCUGCUGCAAGAAUCUGCCUCCAAAGAGGCCUAUUACACGGGACGUCUGGUGGACCUUCAAAGCCAGCUCAACGUGAGCAGCUCAGUGGCCUCCAACGCCCAAGCAGAGGCCGAACGCCUCAACGCUCUUGUGCAGGAACUCAGAGAGAAUAAUGAGAUGUUAGAGCUGCAGAGGAACAGGAUGAGAGAGGAAAUCCGAGAGUAUAAGUUCAGAGAGACCAGACUGCUGCAGGACUACACUGAACUGGAGGAGGAGAACAUCACCCUACAGAAACUAGUGUCAACACUCAAACAGAAUCAGGUGGAAUAUGAGGGUCUAAAGCAUGAAAUCAAAGUCCUUGAGGAAGAGACAGUGCUGCUCAACAGCCAGCUGGAAGACGCUUUGCGUUUGAAAGACAUUUCUGAAGGCCAGUUAGAAGAGGCGCUGGAUGCUCUGAAGAGUGAGAGAGAGCAGAAGAACAAUCUGAGAAAGGAGCUGGCCCAUCAGCUCAGCCUGACGGACAGCGUGUACGGAGCCAGCACUCACCUGGCCAUCUCUGCCGUAGAGGGUUUGAAGUUCGCAGAGGAGGCGGCGACCAAUGGCACAUCCGCGGCUGGGUCCAGUCCAAACAACGAGGACCGUAACCGCUGUAAUGAGUGCAAUGGGCAUGGCCCAAAGGUUAAUGGAGAAUAUCACAGACCGGGAGGCAGGAAGGGAGAGGUGCUUCACCCAGUGUCUGAUCUCUUCAGCGAACUCAACCUGUCUGAGAUACAGAAGCUCAAACAACAGCUCCUACAGGUUGAACGAGAGAAGGCGAUUCUACUUUCCAACCUGCAGGAGUCUCAAACUCAACUGCAGCACACGCAGGGCGCUUUAACUGAGCAGCACAAACGCGUUCACCGCCUUACGGAGCGCUUCAAUGCUAUGAAGCGCCUCUACAGUGACAAGGAGUUUGACACCGAGGAGUCUGAGAAGAACGAAGUGCCCAUUAACGGUUGCUGCGAUUAUGAGGCAGACAUCAAUGGAAUGGAGCUUCUGGAGUGCAAAUACAGAGUUGCCGUGACUGAGGUCAUUGACUUGAAGGCGGAGCUCAAGGUAUUGAAGGAAAAAUACAACCAGUCUGUGGAGAACCAAUCAGAAGAGAGCAACCACGGCGAAGGGAAGAUCCAGGCUCUCGAAGAGCAGGUGAAACGGUUGGAGAAAGCCUGCCGUGAGGGCCGCGAGCGGGUUAGCAGCCUGGAGGUGGAGCUCCGGUGUGCUUCAGUUAUGGCUAGCGAAAGUAACGGCAUGCUGAACACAGCUCAGGACGAGCUGGUUACGUUUAGUGAGGAACUUGCUCAGCUUUACCACCACGUCUGCUUGUGCAACAACGAAACGCCGAACCGAGUCAUGCUGGACUACUACCGUCAGAGCCGGGUUACGCGUAGCGGCAGUCUCAAAGGCCCUGAGGACCCCAGAGCACUGCUUUCUCCACGUUUAGCUCGCCGUAUCGCUGCUGCUAACUCAGACGUGUCCAAAAGUCCUCAAGACUCUCCAUCAAAGGAACCCCUUGGAGAAGGAACUAAAGGGGAAGGAGGAAGUCCCAACAAAACCCCCUUUGGUUCACCAAUCAAUGGUUCAUCUCUCUCAACAUCCACAGUUCCGGAAACAGGUGAUCUCCGCAGGGAACCCAUGAACAUCUAUAACCUCAACGCCAUUAUCCGUGACCAGAUCAAGCACCUGCAGAAGGCUGUGGACCGCUCGCUGCAGCUCUCCAGGCAGAGGGCUGCGGCACGGGAGUUGGCACCCAUCCUAGAUAAGGACAAAGAAGUCUGCAUGGAGGAGAUCCUGAAACUCAAAUCUCUCUUGAGCACCAAGAGAGAGCAGAUCGCCACAUUACGUCUAGUCCUGAAAGCCAAUAAACAGACUGCCGAGGUGGCCCUUGCCAACCUGAAGAGCAAAUAUGAAAAUGAGAAAUGCAUGGUGACGGAGACAAUGAUGAAGCUUAGAAAUGAACUAAAGGCCCUCAAAGAAGACGCAGCCACCUUCUCCUCACUGAGGGCAAUGUUUGCCACAAGAUGUGAUGAGUACGUAACUCAGCUGGAUGAGAUGCAGAGGCAGCUGGCUGCCGCAGAAGAUGAAAAGAAGACUCUGAACUCCCUCUUGCGAAUGGCCAUUCAGCAGAAACUGGCCCUCACCCAGCGCCUCGAGGACCUAGAGUUCGACCACGAGCAGUCGCACUGUGGCCGUGGGGGGAAAGUGCCAAAAAUUAAGAGCAGCCCUCAAAAAUCUCUCUUAGAUUGUCAGCAGCCUGCUGCCUCAGUACCGCCAACCUCCCCACAACUGAGGCGCGGGAGGGCAUCCACGGUCCACAGUCCUAAAGUGUUGUUAGCUCUUCAAGAGGACCAGAUGACUGCGGCCAACUCCAGACUUCCAUGUGAUCCUUUCAACUGUCUGGCCCAUCAUUCUCAUCUUUUUGGCCCUUAGCCUCCUGUCGUUGGACUCUUAACAGUGACCAGUCCUCACAGAGACGGGGCACAUCAGUCAAUCACGACCUCCAGCCAAUCAGACGCUCCUCUCUAUACGAAGGACCCACCCUAAUUUCCCGCCCGGUUACAGAAAUUGGAUAAAUGAUUCAGUGAUGCCUAUUGUGAAUGCACUAAUUAUCAUUCUGAGUGAGAUGAGAGCAAAUAGAAUUGGACUGAUGUAUUCAUAUUUAUUGAUCUAUUUAUUACUUUAUUUAUUUGUGUUUUGUUUGUUUAUUUUUAAAAUAUGACGUGUGUUGUGUCUGAUUAUUUUAAUACAAAUAUGAUUUUUGAUAUGAAUGCAGUUUUUCCUAAAAAUUGCCACAAAAUUAGUAUUACAUCAACCCAGGAGUAGUAUUUUGGUGUAAGGUGACUUUCUAUCAGUAAAAACUAAUAAUUUGGAAAAAAGUGUGACAUGAUAGAAAGCUGAAGAGGGGCAAAUGGAUUAUUAAGAGACGUGUACAAAUCAUUUUCAAUAAGUAGAAACAAUUUUCAGCAUAACAUUUGAGUGACUUUGAUUUUGACCUUCAAGCUCCCGAGGUGAUGUUUGCGUUACACUGAUGCUACGGUUGAGUUUUGCAAAUCUCAGCUUCUCUAACGUCAUUGCACGUGGAAUUUGUUUCUUUGUCCUUUUUUUAACAGUUUAUUGCAAUGCAUAAAGAUUAUAUUUUAUACCUGAAUUCUCUUUUUUAAUGCCGAAAUGAUGUCAGAUAAGUCUGAGGACUGAGUGGACAUGUAGUCCUAGUAGGGCAAAAAAUCAUGUUAGAGGGAGUAGAUUUAGAGCUUGAGUGAGGCUUGAUCCCAGCGCGCUGCUAAAUUUGAACAUGGGUUUGUUAUUCUCAGAUCUGCUCCAAAAACAGCACACAAGCCCUAUUUACUGUACCCCACAUGCACUACAGAAUCUCUCGAUUUCAUUUUAACUUUAUAUUUAAGUCAUAUCUGACCUUUGCCCCGUAUAAAGCACAAACUUAUUCAUCUAUGCAUUUUGAAACAGGCACAGGAUGGUUUUCAUGUCAUUAGGUCAUCUGUCCUCCAAUCGCGCCGUGAUUUGUACCAGCAGGGCGAGGAGAAAUAUUAGAUGCCGUUGUUUUUAUACGGCAGCAAACCACAAAAACACAUUUUCUCUUUUUCUCAGUUUCACUGAUUGACUGAAAGGUCGUUGAUGGGUCUAGACGAAGAAUCCAUCAGACUCUUCUCAAUGCAUAACUGUAUUCAUUGUGGAAGCAGAACAAAGCUCAGUCUGUUUAAUGACAUGCAAAGAAGGAUAUAAGAUCAAUGGUUGCAUUCACAAUCUCUUUAAGGUCCCAGUUCUCAGUUUCUGUUCAGUUUAACCCAUUCAUUUGGCAUUUUUUGACUAUAUUCAUUUCUUAUUGAGUAUUUUCAAUGAGACAUGAGCAGUUUCAGUUUUAUUAACUACACAUUGUGGUAUAUUUGUUGCCUCUGAAGUGAAAUUUACUAAACACCCACAACAUCACAUGGUGUGUACUGGUGAAAGCAUGAUCUUGCCGCAGGAUAUUUUUAUGUGUAUAACAGUCAUAAGCCACAUACUUUUUUGUGAAAUAAAAGUUAAAAAAAGGUU